AUGCCAAACACAGGCGACACAGGCGAACCUGGCCUGGACAUUUACAGGUUUAGACGUAAAAGAGCCGAUUACCAAAGCCAACAACAUCCAUCCAGGCUAGCUUCUGGAAUAGCUCCAAAUGUUCGACUAGAAAUUGAUGAAGAGAGGCGUCAGAAGACCUAUGCAAUAUUACAAGAAACACGAUCAGAAUUUUCAAACAGCAGGCUGCGGACACUUCUACUAAUUUAUUCAAACACUGCCUGGAAAAUAUUCAUACUUACGACAUUGUUCAUAGCAUACAUUCUAGACACUUGCAUUUAUACGUUCUACAGAUCAGGCGUAAGACCGUUUUGGGGUAUUAUCGUUCUAUUGUGUUUCAACUUCAUAUUUACAUUCGAUGUCUGUAUCAUUGUCGGCCUGAAGUUCUUUAAAAAGUGGCGAAAAACUCUUAACCUUGUCGAGCCAGACACAUUUAAAGUAAUUAUCGAUAUUAUAAUAGCAGUACCAUACGCAAUUCUGUAUUUAGUGGACGAUUCGAUAAUACAGAUUAAGAUCCACGGAAUAGUACCCUUAAUGGCAAUGAUACGGGUCUACAGAAUUAUAGAAUAUUUUUACCAGCGAUCUUCCCAAGCAGGCAGUAAUCAAUGGACUACGUUUUUGUCACAAUAUUUAAUACUUUUCUUUCUAUCUGUCCAUACGUGGGCAUGUGUAUGGUAUUUGUUUGCGAACAGAAGCUUUGACGUACAUAAGAUUCGUACAUCGUGGUCGUUAGCAGCUGUUUACUUGCCCACUGAGGAAACACUCGAUUGGUAUUAUGUGUGUACAUAUUGGUCAGUCAUGUUUCUCACUACGAACGCCCUCGGAGACUUGUACCCAGUGACCACUUCUGAAAGAUUUGUCGCCAUACUAGCAACGUUAGUCGGUUUUCUGCUGACAACUAUUGUCUUUGUCGGAUCAUUGACUUCACAAUUUAUUACUAUAACGACGAGACGCUCAAAAUACGUGAGGCAACUAAAGAAAAUUAAAAAUCAUCUCAGGUUGAUAAAAAUGGAUUCAGACACUACAAAGCGAAUUAUUAGGUAUUACGAGGAUCUCUGGUAUCAAAAGUCAGGAGUUUUUAAACCUAAACUUCUGAAACUCCUUCCCUAUCCAUUGCAAAUGGAAAUCUGUUAUGAUCUAAAUGCUGUCCCACUGUAUAGCUCGCUGAUAUUUAGGAAAUUACCGGAAGCAUUCCUUAGGAGGCUAUCUUUAGACAUGAGUCACCAGUUUUAUCUACCGGGAGACGUUGUAUAUAGCCAUAACCAGAACAAGACUAUUAUGGUAUGUGUCACAAAUGGAGUUUUAGAAUUGUUAUCAGAUGAAGACGAUGAAAGUCCUAUGAUUUCUUUUGCAAAGGGGACUUGUUUCGGUGAAAUUUCAUUAGUCUACAAUAUUCCCGCACGUUGCACAGUCAAAGCAGCUACAUACGUAGAAUGUCAAGUCCUAGAAAAGACCAAAUUCAUACGACUAAUGAUUACCUACCCAGACCUCGUAGAUUCGAUACGCACUGAAAUAGAAGAACGAAUUAACAGAAGUCAACGAAGAAAAUUAAAUCAGGGACAGAAAACAGAGUUCUCAUUGAAUAUCUACGCUUCCAAGGAUCGAAAGAAAAGUAGCAUCAAAUGUUUGAAGGAUAAAUUGAGAUUCAUUCAAGGUGUAACGGAUGUGGAUACUUUGACAGAAGAAGAUCAACUCGAUGAAAGCUGCCUAGACCUAUACAUUUUGUCCGAGCACAUUAAAAAGAAAGCUUCAAUGUUCACAUGCAUCAAAUCCUCGUUUCCUUGGAUUUUAGAAGCUAAUUGCCCGCUAGUCAAAUAUUGGGAACUAUACAUGCUCGCUAUAGUAUUCUACAUUUGCCUAAUUUAUCCUUAUUUUAUAGGAUUUAAAAGAAGUUUUCCUGAAGGCAUUUAUUUCUAUGCGCAAAUAAUUAUAACUAUCUCGUUGAUAGUUAAUAUUUGUAUAACAACAGUGACUGCAGUUAAGACUAAAAAGAAGUACAUAAACGAUUUCAAAAACAUUGUCAGUUACAGAAUGAAUACUCUUGGCUUUUAUCUUGAUGUCGUAGCCAUAAUACCCUUCGAAUACAUAGUUACUAUACAUCAGUCUGUGAAAUAUCACGAUAACUAUAGAGACCACCUAUUUUUUUUAUGCAAAGGUAUAAAGCUUUGUUUAGUGUGGAGACUGUUAAGUUUCUUUGAAAAAUUGGAGAGGAAACUUUUAUUGAAUUCACUCCUUGUCAAGGUUGUUAAGUAUUGCGUAUGCAUAUGUUUACUUUGCUACUGGUCCGGCGUCAUACUAUACAUGGAGUCUUGUUUCGUUAACCGAUGUUCAGAAAACUCAUGGUUUAGCCGAGCUUUAACAUGGGACGACCAAAAAAGCGGAACUAGGGCCUCAAAAACUAAGUUUCCAGUUAUAACUUCGGUAUACUUUGCGACAACUAUUCUGCUGUCUGUGGGAUAUGGCGACUACACACCCGGAGACAUCUACGACAUGGCUAUUGUGGCGUUCCUAAGCUUAUAUGGAGUUUUACUCACUGGAUUUUGUGUGUCCGAAUUUUCCGCUGUUGUUACACAUUGGACAAGAACUAAGACAGCGUUCCUGGAGGUGAUCAUUACUAUUGAUAAAUUUAUGAAAGAAAACAAUAUGCAUCCAGCAAUUAAAUCAAGAAUAAUGGCGUUUUACGAACUACAGUGGCAAUACAAUUCGGGUGUAGAAUUGACAGACGAUAAUUGGCUUGAGAAGACUGUGGUCCCGUCGGAGCUGAGGAAGAAAGUUUUACAUCAAGCUAGAUUUAAGGCACUCACGUCCAUCAAAUUCUUUCAAGUUAAAAACAAGGCUUACAUUCAUACAUUAACAGAAGCAGCGAGAGAUAUCAUUUUACCGCCAGGAGAAGUUGUAUUCUAUGGCGGUACAAUAACUAGGGAGUUGUACAUAAUUGAGAGCGGUUACUGUUUAGUAACGUCCAAUGAGAUGAGAGAGACUAAAUCUGAACGCGUUAUAGGCCCAGGUAACCAUGUGGGGUUGCUGGUGCUUUUGUAUGGCAUCCCCACUCUCAGCAGCGUUGUAACAUUGACUCAUUGUAAGCUCGUUAGUGUAAGCCACUAUGCAUACACGUCGGCAUUAAGUUUAUUCCCAGACAUGAAAGAACACGAAGGUCUCCUGAAGCCAGAAGAACUAAAAAUCAUAGAGGAGAAGGCUAAAACGCAGACCGUAGAUUCAUAUUUACAGCAUUACAAUCGAUUAGCAGAAAAAAAGCAAAGAGUAAAGAUAACAAGUCUUCUACAAGAGUUUUUCAACAAUUCCUUCAUAGACCUUUCACUGGAAUACAGUAAAACAAAAGAGAAUUACCGGAAGUCUUUCAAACAAUUUCAUGUACUGAACAAUGUUGCUUCGUAUUUACUGAUGCCAAUUGCAAUAAGACCAGAUGGUAUAUUUUUGAAAACGUGGGCGAUCCUUCGCGUAGCUACUGCAUUUUUCUUGUGUCUAAUCAUACCCGUAGUUGUUUGUAUGGCGCCACAAUUCGGAUCAUUCAAUGUGACACUUGUGACUUUGGAAGCCAUCUGCUAUAUAGACAUGUAUUUAAUGCUACAUGUUGCGUAUUAUGGUUCCAAAAACCAAUUGAUAUACCAUCCUUACAUGACAGCAAAGCAUUAUCUUCAGGGGCAGUUCGUAGUAGACUUUAUUACAUGUUUCCCAUGGUACGCUGUAUGGAAGCUCUUUGUACCCAAACACAAAGAAGACCAUUCUGAUGAAGAUCACGAAGUAAACCACCAUAUGUUCCAUUGCGCCUUAAGAAUGAUUAACGUCUUACAAGUAGUUAAACUUUAUACUGCGUCUUGGGCCGAGUCAAUAGGUGCUCUGAAAAGGGCAUACUUCAUGAGCGUGGUUCAUUUUCUUCUUCUUACAUUAUUCUUCUGGAACCUAUAUACUUCUCUGUUAAUCGCAUUAUCCUGUAGAUACGUAAUAGCUGAAGAUGCAGAAGAUUUUGAAUUGAAGAUUUCAAAACUACCGAAAAAAAUUCCUUACAUGAAGACGAUUUUUCACCCUGAUGGCAAUAUGGUUUGUCUCGAAGGUUCUUGGGUAGACGGGAUUGUAAUUAUUGAUGGAAACCAUAUGGCACCGGCUAAAAUAUAUCUUCUGGCUUACUAUUGGACCGCAACCAGUUUCGGAGGCGCAGGCUUCGGCGAUAUCACACCUCAGAAUAUCGUUCACAUGAUCCUUUGCAUUUGCGUCAAUAUACAUGGCGUCUUAUUUUUCGGAUAUGUGUACGCGAGAAUUGCAUCACUCAAGGCCAUGGCGGAUCAGGUCGUGACCAAGUUCCAAGAAAAUCUGAAGCAUUUAGAAAUGUUUUUGACAAGAGAGAAAGUGCCAUUUGCACUUAAAAAGACGGUAAUAGAAUAUUGGAAGUAUCAGUGGAAGAGAACAGGUGGAUGGUCGCACCAAUCGAUACUCGGAAAGCUACACGCAAAUCUGAAUGAAGAUGCAGUCUUAUACAUGUAUGAAAAAACAUUGAGAGAAAUCCCCUUAUUUGAGGAUGUCGAGUAUUCCUUCUUCAGAGCUUUUGCCAAGAAACUUAAAGAACUCUACUUCCAAAAAGGAUAUAUGGUUAUGAGAUCGAAUGAAGUCAUAGAUACUAUGUACAUUAUUUAUCGGGGAAAGGUCGAUAUAAUAUCCAAUAUAAAUGAAGUGGAAGCUUGUAUGGGCCCAGGAGGAAUAUUCGGGAACAUAAGAGGAGCUUCCAAGUACUUGACUAUGUCAAAUGUCGUUGCUAGUAGGAACAUUGAUCUACUUUGCAUUCAAGGGAGGGAUUUCUAUACAUUAUUGAAGAGCUACCCAUCUGUUUUGAGAAAAGUAAAGCAAUCGGUUGAAUCAGCACCAAAAGACUACGUGCUACCAACAGUGGUAUCAGAAAGGACGAGUGAAGAAGUGAGGAAACUCUCAUCAUAAUAUCCUUAUUCCUUAUCGUACAAGUCUGGCGAAGAAGAGGAAGAAGACGUUGACAUAGAUACAAAUGUUUUUUUGGAGAGCCCAGACAAAAGCCUAGCAGAAUCGCACGGUUCUAAAUCUAUAACAUCAGCAGGAAAUGUCAAUUAUACUCCAGCAGCGUUUUUGUUAUUGAAGCCCCAUAGAUGGUUCCGUAGUAGCAUCAUUCCGGACAGCAAAUUAGUCACUUUUAUGGAAUACCUCAUACUCUUCCUGGCUUACGCAGAUUUCAUGUUGCUUGUGUACCAAAUGGCAUUUCUCUCAAUACCAUUUUUCUUCUAUGUGUGCGUCAUUUUCGACAUACUGUUUCUAUUCAAAGUUUUUUUGGACGUGCACAGUGGUUACAUGAAUAGAUACGGAGAUUAUGUUUUAAAUCCACGCAAAGUCAGGAAAAUGUAUUUCUCUAAAGUUUAUCUUCGAAGGAGGGACUUUUUAGCUAAUUUUCUUAUAUGCUACUUCGUGUUUGCUCUGCCUCUGUCGUGGUCAAUGAAAAUGAUAAUGUUCUGUUAUGCACGUUCGCCCCAACUCACAAGAAUUUCAUAUUUAUUUACGUAUCGAACACACAGAAAAACGAGUAUUGGUUCUGCGAAUUUAUUGUUUAAACUGACAACAAUUGCUAUAUGGGCAUCAAUAUUAUCGCACGUAAAUGCUUGUCUUUUCUUCAAAUUAUCGUGCCUAACACCAGUACAUUGCACAUCGGCUAAUUGGAUGUCCAAAGAAGCUCUUAAUCUACGUGCCAAAUAUUCUGAGGGCAAUUUCUUCGCAUUAUACGUGGCAGCGUUAUGGUAUAUGAUCAACCUUCUUACAAUAACGGGCACUGGAGAUGUCUCCUCACAAAAUAGUUUCGAAGUUAUCGAAACUAUUAUUGUCAUUAUCGUUAUCAAGUUUUGCACAGGUCUCCUGAUAUCAGAAAUGUCAGCAAUGAUCACAGCACAUUCAUCGUCUCGCAUAGCAUAUGACUACAAUAUAAACGAAUUGAGAGAUGGACUCCGGGACAUGGACUUGAGUCUACACCAAAUGGGAAAAAUGUGGGACUACGUACGCGAGCUAUGGAAUAGGCAACAAGGAAAACAAAUGCCUUCCUUGAUCUACAAACUACCAUUCCGCCUACGUUGCCAAGUGAUGCAAGCCGUCUACGGGUCCCACAUUCGAGAAUCCGUCAUAUUCAGCAAAACUGACGACGAUUUCCGAAGAAUGCUGGCCAUGUGGAUGAAACAUUGUGUUUUCUUCCCCGGCAACUACAUCGUUCAAAGCGGUGACUCAGACCAAUGCAUCUACUUUAUACAUAGAGGACAGGUUGAAGUGCUUACAGUACAUCCGAACUUGACGGAAUCAAUUUAUGAUGUUUUAGGACCAGAAGACAGCUUUGGGAUUGCUCAGGGUUUGUUCGUUGGUUUAGUUCAUCACUUUUCAUUCCGAGCUCGCACCGUGGUCGACAUAGUGUAUUUAAAGUUGGACCAAUGGAAGUAUCUACUCGAUUAUUAUCCGAAAUCUGCUAAAAUUGUUCAGAAGAAGGUCGCGAAUGUUUAUUUAGCUAUAUAAUCAUUUCUUGGUAUGUUUUAGUCAUUAAAGUUGUUUAAGUUAGUUAGAAUAAUAAAUUAAGUUUAUAUUUUGAAUCUGGCGUUUAUUUGUAACCAGCAGAUAACAAUUGUUUUGGUAUAAAACCUAAGGCAUUGUAUACCUUCAUUAUAAAACUAUGUUUAA